UAAAAUGGUAAUCCCAAGCCCAAUUCACUUAACUUUGAAGAGAAUCACCAUUCACUAAGCCCAAUCCAAUCAGCAGCGGCUCGUAGAACUCAACUGCCCGGAAAACAGAGGCGGAGUUGGUCGUCGGCCGGCAGAGACAGCGAGAAAGUCGUCCAGAUAACCACUCCCCACCGCGAUUCACCGAUUGAACGCAAUAGCUACGAUAUUGAAAACACAGGAAUGGGAAUUAGUAAAAUAGAAGUAAACUUGAAGAGAUUAAUUGCAGCUGCUCCUCAACAGCAAAACCAGGCAAAACUUGUACAUGUACUAUGUUGCUACUUUGCGUGAACAACUGGAACAAUUGGCCGAAGAGAAGACACCAGAAGGCUUGCCAAGGAUCUCAAAGACUACGUUGAAUGAUUAUUCAGAGAAGAUCGAAGCCAUUGCUUCCAAAUUGGUUAACCAUGUGUCUGACAUACAAGUAUCUGAGAAGGACUUUGAAAGCAAUGUUAAAGAAAACCCUUCUGAAAUUGAGGAAAAAAAGCCGAUAUCACCUUCUUCUGGAUUGCGAAGAAGGCCUGUAGCUGCUUCAAGUACUGAAGAUAGAGCACAUGAGCCUGCUGAGACUGAUCACUUAUCACCUGUUAAACUGGAUGCUGCAGGACAUGCACAUAUUGAUAAACACAGAAAGCUUCAAGACGAUUUGACUGAUGAGAUGGUGGUGUUGGCAAAACAACUCAAAGAGAGUAGUCUCAUGAUGAGCCAGUCUGUGAAAAAUACUGAAAAGAUACUUGAUUCUACUGAGCAGGCCAUUGAGCAUAGCUUGGCAAGCACAGGUCGUGCCAAUGUGCGAGCAAACACAAUAUACUCGGAGAGUUCAAAGACUUCUUGCUUAACCUGGCUUGUGAUGUUUGUGAUGACGUGUGUAUUUGUCAUGGUUAUUCUUCUAAUCCGUGUCACAUAGGGUGCAGUUAACAUUUCAUGGGGUAAAUUAAAUUACUUUAAGCAUGGCCUUUUUUUUUUUAUAUAUAUACUGAAAGCAUAGCUUUUUCUAUAAUGUAAAUUUUCCUUCUAUGAAGAUAUAUACGUUUUAUAGACGUUAUGUCAUGCAGUUUUUUAUUUUUCUUUUUGAAGGACUUGUUCAUACCUUCAUAGUAUAAGAACUGUAAUAUAUUUUCCUUCAAAAAAAGGAAUUGUAAUGGAUAGUUGAAAGUCAACAGUGUGUACGUAAAUAUUCUAGUACCAUAACAAUAUUCUGCAA